GCCGCAGCAUCCCAGCCGCCGCCGCCGCCGCCGGGCCUCCCCGCCGCCCCCUCCCCGGCCCGGCCGCCUCCCGCCGCCGCCGCCGCCAUUCCUGGCGCCCGAACUCGCCCGGCUGGGAGCCGCCGAGGGCAGAAGGCGCGCUCCAGACUCUGCUAACACCAGAUAGUAGAAAGAAAGUGUGUGCUGAAACGUUUGACGACACUGAUGGUUUGCAAAGAUUUCUGAAGACUUCUUUCUAGAAACGACUGGAAAGUUUCAAGAGGCGUAAGAUACAGCAUUUCUUCUGAGGCCCUGAAGAAGUAUCCAGUGGACUUUGACACUGCAGUGCUGAGAGCAACCCCUCCUCUCCUGGAGAACUGGGAAAUGUGGAUUCUCAGGAACCGCGCUGUUCACCAGCUCCAGGCUGUGCUGCUGGCCCUGGCCCUGGGGCGCUGAGCCGCAUCUGCAAUAGCACACUUGCCCGGCCACCUGCUGCUGUGAGCCUUUGCUGCUGAAGCCCCUGGGGUCGCCCCCACCUGAUGAGGAUGUGCAUCCCCAUUAGGGGGCUGCUCAUGGCCCUUGCAGUGAUGUUUGGGACAGCUAUGGCUUUUGCACCCAUACCCCGGAUCACCUGGGAGCACAGAGAGGUGCGCCUGGUGCAGUUUCACGAGCCGGACAUCUACAACUACUCAGCCUUGCUGCUGAGCGAGGACAGGGACACCUUGUACAUAGGCGCCCGGGAGGCGGUCUUCGCUGUGAACGCACUCAAUAUCUCCGAGAAGCAGCAUGAGGUGUAUUGGAAGGUCUCAGAAGACAAAAAAGCAAAAUGUGCAGAAAAGGGGAAAUCAAAACAGACAGAGUGCCUCAACUACAUCCGGGUGCUGCAGCCACUCAGUGCCACUUCCCUUUACGUGUGUGGGACCAACGCAUUCCAGCCGGCCUGUGACCACCUGAACUUAACAUCCUUUAAGUUUCUGGGGAAAAAUGAAGAUGGCAAAGGAAGAUGUCCCUUUGACCCAGCACACAGCUACACAUCCGUCAUGGUUGAUGGAGAACUUUAUUCAGGGACGUCGUAUAAUUUUUUGGGAAGUGAACCCAUCAUCUCCCGAAAUUCUUCCCACAGUCCUCUGAGGACGGAAUACGCAAUCCCUUGGCUGAACGAGCCUAGUUUUGUGUUUGCCGACGUGAUUCGAAAAAGCCCAGACAGCCCCGACGGCGAGGAUGACAGGGUCUACUUCUUCUUCACAGAGGUGUCUGUGGAGUACGAGUUUGUGUUCAGGGUGCUGAUCCCACGGAUAGCAAGAGUGUGCAAGGGGGACCAGGGCGGCCUGAGGACCUUGCAGAAGAAAUGGACCUCCUUCCUGAAAGCCCGACUCAUCUGCUCCCGGCCAGACAGCAGCUUGGUCUUCAACGUGCUGCGGGACGUCUUCGUGCUCAGGUCCCCGGGCCUGAAGGUGCCUGUGUUCUACGCACUCUUCACCCCACAGCUGAACAACGUGGGGCUGUCGGCAGUGUGCGCCUACAACCUGUCCACAGCCGAGGAGGUGUUCUCCCACGGGAAGUACAUGCAGAGCGCCACGGUGGAGCAGUCCCACACCAAGUGGGUGCGCUACAACGGCCCGGUACCCAAGCUGCGGCCUGGAGCGUGCAUCGACAGCGAGGCACGGGCAGCCAACUACACCAGCUCCUUGAAUUUGCCAGACAAGACGCUGCAGUUCGUCAAAGACCACCCUUUGAUGGAUGACUCGGUAACCCCAAUAGACAACAGGCCCAGGUUAAUCAAGAAAGAUGUGAACUACACCCAGAUCGUGGUGGACCGGACCCAGGCCCUGGAUGGGACUGUCUAUGAUGUCAUGUUUGUCAGCACAGACCGGGGAGCUCUGCACAAAGCCAUCAGCCUCGAGCACGCUGUUCACAUCAUCGAGGAGACCCAGCUCUUCCAGGACUUUGAACCGGUCCAGACCCUGCUGCUGUCUUCAAAGAAGGGCAGGAGGUUCAUCUAUGCUGGCUCUAACUCGGGCGUGGUCCAGGCCCCUCUGGCCUUCUGUGGGAAGCACGGCACCUGCGAGGACUGUGUGCUGGCUCGGGACCCCUACUGCGCCUGGAGCCCACCCACAGCGACGUGUGUGGCUCUGCACCAGACUGAGAGCCCCAGCAGGGGUUUGAUUCAGGAGAUGAGCGGCGAUGCUUCUGUGUGCCCGGAUAAAAGUAAAGGAAGUUACCGGCAGCAUUUUUUCAAGCACGGUGGCACAGCGGAACUGAAAUGCUCCCAAAAGUCCAACCUGGCCCGGGUGUUUUGGAAGUUCCAGAAUGGCGUGUUGAAGGCCGAGAGCCCCAAGUACGGUCUUAUGGGCAGAAAGAACUUGCUUAUCUUCAACUUAUCAGAAGGAGACAGUGGGGUGUACCAGUGCCUGUCAGAGGAGAGGGUUAAGAACAAGACGGUCUUCCAAGUAGUCGCCAAGCACGUCCUGGAAGUGAAGGUGGUUCCAAAGCCCGUGGUGGCCCCCACCUUGUCAGUUGUUCAGACAGAAGGUAGUAGGAUUGCCACCAAAGUGUUGGUGGCAUCCACCCAAGGGUCUUCUCCCCCAACCCCAGCCGUGCAAGCCACCUCCUCCGGGGCCGUCACCCUUCCUCCCAAGCCUGUGCCCACCAGCACAUCCUGUGAACCAAAGAUUGUCAUCAACACAGUCCCCCAGCUCCACUCGGAGAAAACCAUGUAUCUUAAGUCCAGCGACAACCGCCUCCUCAUGUCCCUCUUCCUCUUCUUCUUUGUUCUCUUCCUCUGCCUCUUUUUCUACAACUGCUAUAAGGGUUACCUGCCCAGACAGUGCUUGAAAUUCCGCUCGGCCCUGCUCUUCGGGAAGAAGAAGCCCAAGUCAGAUUUUUGUGACCGUGAGCAGAGCCUGAAGGAGACGCUAGUGGAGCCAGGGAGCUUCUCCCAGCAGAAUGGGGAGCACCCCAAGCCAGCCCUGGACACUGGCUAUGAGACCGAACAAGACACCAUCACCAGCAAAGUCCCCACGGACAGGGAGGACUCACAGAGGAUCGACGACCUUUCUGCCAGGGACAAGCCCUUCGACGUCAAGUGUGAGCUGAAGUUCGCGGACUCAGACGCAGAUGGAGACUGAGGCUGGCUGUGCGUCUCCCCGGCGCCUCGGCUGCGACAUGUCAGGCGUGGAGUGUUUUGUGUUUCUCCUGUUCAGUAUCCGAGUCUCGUGCAGUGCUGCGUAGGUUAGCCCGCAUCGUGCAGACAACCUCAGUCCUCUUGUCUAUUUUCUCUUGGGUUGAGCCUGUGACUUGGUUUCUCUUUGUCCUUUUGGAAAAAUGACAAGCAUUGCAUCCCGGUCUCGUGUUCCGCAGUCAGUCGGAGUACUUGAAGAAGGCCCGCGGGCGGCACAGAGUUCCUGAGCCCUUUCUAUAGUGGGGGAAACAUGGCUGGACCUCUGUUGGCUGAGAAGAGCAUCCCUUCAGCUUCCCCUCCCCGUAGCAGCCACUAAAAGAUAAUUUAAUUCCAGAUUGGAAAUGACGUUUUAGUUUAUCAGAUUGGUAACUUAUCGCCUGUUGUCCAGAUUGGCACGAACAUUUUCUUCCACUUAAUUAUUUUUUUAGGAUUUUCCUUUGAUUGUGUUGAUGUCUUGGGUCAUUUUUUUUUUUUAAUUACAGAAGCAGAUGUUUUAAUAUUUAGAAGAAGAUGUGUAUCUUCCAGGUUUUGUUAUAUAUUUGGCAUAAAAUAUGGCUUACGUUGCUUAAGAUUCUCAGGGAUAAACUUCCUUUUGCUAAAUGGAUUCUUUCUGCUUUUAGAAAUGUAGACAUGGACACUCCCCGGAGCCCACUCACCUUUUUCUUUUUUUUUUUUUUAACUUUAUUCCUGGAGGGAAGCAUCGUUUUUGGAGAGAUUUUCUUUCUGUACUUCGUUUUACUUUUUCUUUUUUUUAACUCUUACUGUCUUGAAGAGGAGGACCUUCCCACGUCCGCGAGGUGGGUUUUGAGCAAGGGAAGGUGGCUGGGUGAGCUGAGUGGAGCCAGGCUGGCCCAGAGCUGAGAUGGGAGCGCGGUACAAUCUGGAGCCCACAGCUGUCGGUCAGAACCUCCUGUGAGACAGAUGGAACCUUCACAAGGGCGCCUUUGGUUCUCUGAACAUCUCCUUUCUCCUCUUGCUUCAAUUUCAUACCCACUGCCUACCCAGACUUUCCAUCCAGCCUCACUGAGCUGCCCGCCACGGGAACGGAACUGGGCCUCCGUGGCCGGGCCUGCGACCGCAGCCCCCUCAAGCGCACGGCGCUGUUCCUGCCACUGUCCUGAAGAUGGGAAUGGGUGGUACGACUUCAACACUGGUUAAUCUCACACUCCAUCUCCCCGCUUUGUAAAUACCCAUCGGGAAGAGACUUCUUUUUCCAUGGCGAAGAGCAAUAAACUCUGGAUGUUUGUGUGCGUGUGUGGACAGUCUCGUCUUCCAGCAUGAUAGGAUUUGACCAUUUUGGUGUAAACAUUUGUGUUUUAUAAGAUUUACCUUGUUUUUAUUUUUCUACUUUGAAUUGUAUACAUUUGGAAAGUACCCAAAUAAAUGAGAAGCUUCUAUCCUUGAUUUGGGGAAGACAUUCCUUAGCGGAGGCCGUGCAGCCUCCCGCCCCUGCAUGGCCCAGGCGGCACAGCUGGGCUCACUCUUUUCUGUCCGUUUCCUGCUGUGUUUUGCCCUCUCUGCCCUGUGACGUGCUCUUGGCGACUUCUUCCUCAGUACCCUCUCUUUUCUGUCCUCUCUGUCUCACAGCCUCAUCUCCUAAGCCCCUCCCUCCUCCUGGCUCCUCCUCCCUGUCCUGUCUGGGCCAUGCGGGGAACAGGAGGCCUUCCUCCCCCUGGAGCCCCUGGCCAGCCUCGGGUGCGGGGCCCGACAGCAGCUCGAGGGUCUCCUUGCUGCCGCCCUUCCUGAGUGACCAGGCACAGCACGUGCACGCCCUGGGGACCUUCCACCUCUUCUGCCAGGCGACAGGUCCUGCAGACAUUCACUUUGUCUGGGAGAAGAAUGGGCGAGCUCUGGAGACCUGUGUCCCUGUGCAGAUCCAUGCACUGCCCGAUGGCAGGGCCCAUGCGCUCAGCUGGCUGCAGGACACCAUCAGGGAAAGCACCGAGUAUCGCUGCUCUGCCAUCUCCUCAGCAGGGAACAAGACUUCGAAGGUGCAGGUUGCUGUGAUGAGACCUGAAGUGGCCCACCAGGAGAAGUGGAGCAGAGAGCUUUCCGCCUGGAGGGCUGUGGCUGGGGAGCACGACCGGAUGAUGCAGAGCUGGAGGAAGGCAUGGGAAAGCUGUAGCAAGGACACCUUGUAGCCACCAGGAAGGAGUCCCUGACACCGACCUCAACCCCAACCAGACCCUGCUGCCACUGACCACAGCCACCCCUGGAGAAGGCCUGGUUCCCCGCAACUGUGAGCUGUCUUGCCCAAACCUGCUCUGAACACAGCCACUAGGCUACCACCUGAUGGGCACCUCCCAGAGACGGGGCAGUGGAGAAGCCCUGAACCCAAGUGGGCCUGUGACAGGAACUAACACUUAAAAAAUUAGGUGCUUACCUGGGACAGGAAGUGCUGUCUGGCACAAGCAGGUAACCAGGAUGGCUAACAGGCUUUGACAGCUGCUCGUGAACUAACACAGCAGUACGUGCACAGGCUCCUCCUCUAGGGUCAGGCAGCAGGCUCUGAAGGCUGAUCCUACACCGUCCCAGUGACUCCCCUUUACAGAGUGCCCCACCCGCUAACAGCCAACAGGGUUAGCAUGGCCAGCACAGAUUGCUGCUUUUAUUGAUGCAAAUCAAGCCUGCCGCUUCUCCCACUUGCAGACUUAGCCAAGGAACUCUUAAGAUGCAAGACUGGGACAAGAAAAGGUGAGACUCCACAUGAAAAUGCCUUGCCUUAAACCCUGAAUGACUGUGAGAUGCGAUAUGGGAGUGCAUCUGUCAAGUCUUUGUGUUUUCUUCACUAAUCUCAGAAUACUGGGCUCUGUUUUAUCAAGCGCUGCAGUUUAUGCCUCUGUCCCCUGUCAAUGCUCAGCUUCUGCAACAGGACACCGAGCUUGUCGCAGAAAGCCAAACAGGUCAAUUAUGCAAAUAUCCUGGUGCCAUAUUAAAUUUCUUGACAAUGGAA